CUCAGUGAAAGGAAGAAUGCCACCGAAACCUGCUAGAGAGGGAUUGUGAUUGGGUCUCUUGAGAGGAUUAAGCACCCCUUCCACUAGCCUGGGACGCCUGCUGUGUUACAGAAUCUGCCUUCAGGUCCAGGGAUUUCCUCUAAUAUGUUGGAUAAAGCCAAGACACUUCAGCCUGCCUAUGUUGGGAUUGUGCCGCUUGCAGAGACUGUGUCAAAGCAAGGGAAGAGCUGUUCAAGCACAUAUCAGGAUUCAUACCACAGCUUACGAGAAGUGCUGCAGUUGAAGCUCCAGCAGCGACGCACACGGGAGGAGCUGGUGAGCCAAGGGAUCAUGCCACCUCUGAAAAGUCCAGCUGCAUUUCAUGAACAAAGAAGGAGUUUGGAGCGGGCCAGGACAGAGGACUAUCUGAAACGAAAAAUCCGGUCCCGGCCAGAGAGAUCAGAGCUGGUCAGGAUGCACAUUCUGGAAGAGACCUCAGCUGAACCCUCCUUGCAGGCUAAGCAGCUGAAGCUAAAGAGAGCCAGGCUGGCAGAUGACCUCAAUGAGAAGAUAGCACAGAGGCCAGGUCCUAUGGAGCUGGUGGAGAAGAACAUCUUGCCUGUAGAAUCAAGCCUGAAGGAAGCUAUUAUAGUUGGACAGGUGAACUACCCAAAGGUUGCAGACAAUUCCUCCUUUGAUGAGGACAGCAGUGAUGCCCUCUCCCCAGAACAGCCAGCCAGCCAUGAGUCCCAGGGGUCUGUCCCAUCACCAAUGGACUCCCGGAUUUGUGAGCCUCUCCCUAGCACCACUGGCACAUCACUAGCUCAGGGUACAUCCCAAUUGCAGAUUAGCGCAGACUCCAGUGAAACACUUUUCCUACCUGAACAGCCACCUCCACCUCUGCCACCUCCACCUCUUCUGCCUCCUAGUCUUACCAAUGGAGCGACUCUUACUGCUGCCAAGCCCCCACCAACACUCAUUAAGCAAAGCCAGCCCAAGUCUGCUAGUGAGAAGUCCCAGCGCAGUAAAAAAGCCAAGGAGUUGAAGCCGAAAGUCAAGAAGCUUAAAUAUCAUCAGUAUAUUCCCCCGCACCUAAAGCAGGACAAGGGAGCUCCUCCCAUGGAUUCCUCCUAUGCCAAAAUUCUCCAGCAGCAGCAGCUCUUUCUCCAGCUUCAGAUCCUCAACCAGCAGCAGCAGCAGCACUACAACUAUCAGACCAUCCUGCCAGCUCCACCAAAGCCUCCAGGAGAGCAGCAGAGUGGUGCCAGUGCCCCUGCUGUACGCAGUCUCUCUGCCACAGUCAGCAGCACAUCUUCUGUGUCCUCUGGUUCCAGCGGGCUGAUGCGACAAAACAGCAACGCUGCUGUGGGCAAGCCUGGCCCUCUCCCUGCCAACCUAGAUGAGAUGAAGGUAGCAGAGCUGAAGCAAGAGCUGAAGUUGAGGGCCUUGCCUGUCUCGGGUACAAAGACAGGUCUGAUUGAGCGUCUGAGAGCCUAUGAAGAGCAGAACGGUGCAGCCAGCCAAACAACCCCCACUCCCAAGCCCAGCACGGCUGCCAGGCUGAGCACGGGGCCAGCCCUGGUCACCACUGGCAUUGCACCAGCAGAAGUCGUUGUGGCCACAGUCACCAGUGGCGCUGUGGUGAAGUUUGGCAGCACAGGCUCGACUCCUCCUGUUUCUCCAACUCCUUCUGAUCGCUCACAAAUAAGCACAGGGGAUGAGAACUCGGCCACCGGAGACACCUUUGGAGAGAUGGUGACUUCACCCCUGACCCAGCUCACCUUGCAGGCAUCUCCAGUGCAGUUCCUGGUGAAGGAAGAAAGCUGCAAGUCCGUCUCCUGCAGCGUAAAUGCACCCAGGUCAGAGCGGUGCAGCACUGGUAACAGCAGGGAUGCAGAAGUUAGGGACAAAGACCAGAUGCUGCAGGAGAAGGACAAGCAGAUCGAAGAACUCACCCGCAUGCUGAAGCAGAAGCAGCAGCUGGUUGAGAUGCUUAGGCUACAGCUAGAGCAGGAGAAGCGCUCUCAGCAGUCACUACCAGCCCCGGCGGCUGCGGGAGAAGGAGCAGCCCUUGCCUCCACCCCGGCAGCAUUUGGCACCCAAGUCAAGAGUGAAAACGGUUUCCUGAGUUGCCAGUCUGCAAAGCAAUCCAGUGGCCAAACAGACCAGUUCAGCCCUGCCCCAACCGCUAGCCAAAUGGACACUUCGAAUCCAAGCCCAGUGCCAAAGAAAGCUGUGAUGGUGAAGCAGGAGGUGCCAGCUGCGGAAGCAGAGCCGCCGUGCCAGUCCCACAGCCCGCGGCUUUUCCUUGGCCAGCAAGGAAGCGCCCUGAGCGACCUCAUCAAGGGCACCCCUCCCCCCACCCUCAUCACCGACUCCACAGGGACCCACAUCGUCCUCACCGUGACCAAGCAGAGCGCCGAGAGGCAGGGCCUCUCACCCCAUGGGAAGGCAGGGAGUAGCUGCCCAGCCUUGCAGAGAGUACAAUCAUCACCCGCUAAAACUUCCGGCCAACCACCAUGUCAGCUACCUGCAAGCACCCCUCAGCAGCCCACGCAGCAGCAGAAGCAGCAGCAGCAGCCCCUGCAGCAGCAGCAGCAGCCUGGAGGGCUAAACCCAUCUGUCAUAAAGCCCUCAUCACAGCCUGGCUCUCCUGCUGCCCCUUCCCCAUCCCAGAUGGACCUGGAGAAGCAGCAGCACACGCCGCUUUUUGGAACUACUCCACCUCCUCUCCCUGUUCCCUCGGUCCCAAUGAAAGAGCCACCAGGCUAUGAAGAGGCCAUGAAGCAACAGCCAAAGGCUCAGGAGAAUGGCUGUGCCAGCCAGCAGAUGGACGACCUGUUUGACAUUCUGAUCGAAAGUGGAGAGAUUUCUGCUGACUUCAAGGACGAGUCAUCCCCGGCUGGGAAAGAACCACCUGCAGCCCCAGCCUGCCCCUCACCGCCCAGCAGCCACCCUUCCUCAGAGCUGGUGGUGCCGGUGUCCUUGGGGCAGCCGGUGCCUGUGGGCCGGCUGGAGGACUUCCUGGAGAGCAGCACCGGCCUCCCGCUGCUGACGGCCGGCCACGACGGGCCAGAGCCCCUGUCCCUGAUUGAUGACCUCCACAGUGAGAUGCUGAGCAGCUCAGCCAUCCUGGACCACCCGCCUUCACCUAUGGACACCUCGGAAUUGCACUUUGCUCACGAGCCAUCUGGGGGCAUAGCCCUGGAUCUGGCUGAGGCUAACUUGGACAGCAUGGACUGGCUGGAGCUGCCAGGGGGGCCCGUGAUGAGCCUGGCUCCCCUUAGCACCGCAGCUCCCAGCCUCUUUUCCACAGACUUCCUUGAUGGACACGAUCUGCAGCUGCACUGGGAUUCUUGCUUGUAACUCUGUGAGCAGAGACUGAAGGGAAUGGGAGUGGGAGGGCACGGGCAUGCAGGGGGGAAGAGGCCAGUCAACCAAAAAAAAAAAAAAAAAGAAAUGAGCUCCUGGUACUUGUACUCCUCCCCCGACAGUGUCCUUCCUGCACGAAGCCGGCAGUGAUGGCAAAGGCAGAGCUGCUGCUCCAGUCACUGCUUCCAGGGCAGGGAGAAUGGGUGCUGGGGGGUGUGGAGAAAAGGCUGCAGGAGCUCUGGGGUUGGUGGCCUCCUGCCCCCUCUGUGCAGCCUGGCCCAGCUUGGGUGAGAGUGGAGCCAGCAGCCCCUCUCCCUCCAGGCAGGAGCAGUGAAUGCAGCGCGUGGGUUGCAGUGCUGUGGGCACCAGAUCCCUCGCCUUGGGACACAGGAUGACUGGGCCAGAACUGUUUCCAGAAGCUGCAUCCUGCACCUUGCUGGGACUGGCAGAUAAAGGGGGUUGUGCUGCCCUGGCACAAGUGGUUUAACAGUUGAAAAAGUUCUACCUUCAGAGCAGGAUGCAGAGGUGGGAAUGCUGGCUGGGGGCCUGGAACAGCUGCCCUCUGCCCUCACGGGCUGUCUUGUCAGGGGAGGGUCUGAUCUGCUGCAGGGCUGUGAGGAGCUGGGCAGAACAGGCACCUUUUCCAAGUGUAGCUACAGGGAACCAGGGUUCCCCACCAACCUGGUAAUGGCUAAGCUGGUUUCCCAAAUAUCACUGAGCAUGGCAGAGGCCUGCCUGCUUGCUUCACUCACUUUGGGCUGCAAAACAGAUUUUUAAGGUGCUAAAAUCCAGGUCCUUACGUGUUAAAUCUGUCCUUUGCUAUGCCCCAGACCUCUGGCUGUGUUGGAGCCUAGCCUUCAGGUUCCCUCCUGUCCCCACAGCAUGUGUGACAUCCCCAGGUGAGUAGAGCAGCCACUCUGUGGUGGGGUUAGAGGCAAGACAGCGUCCGUGUGUCCUGGGGCACGUGAGAGGGGCACAGCUAGCAAUGAACAACAUAUCAUUAGGGGCCAUGUGCAAUCUGUCUCCUGCCUUCAGCUGUGCUGUUGCCUCCCUGUAGCAGGUGCCCCAGUGGAAAUAAGCAGCUGAGGGUGUCAGACCCACCAGGCAAGCAAGGGGAACUGCAAACUGGGUGUUGUGUGGCACAUCACAGGUCCUAGCUCAGUAGUGAGAGGUGGGACCCUGAAGCAAGUAAUGGGUGGCUGACCUCUGCUCUUCCUGCCUUCCAGGCCCAUGGCAUAAAAGGCAGAAGCAAGCGGCUGCUUGUGGCUAUGUGCAGGCAGCUGCUGCCACGUAGGGCCCCAGGCUGGUGUCUCGGGGUAGCUGCUGACUGGACGAGUAACCCAAGCCCCCAGAGCCAUGAGCAUGCUUUUCCUUGUGCAGGGUUUUGCGUUGGAAACCCAAGCCUGUGGUCCUCCCUCUUUCUCUCUCAUACGCUGUUACUCCUGUCACUUUUAAAUUCCUGUGUUUGUUAGUAGUAACUCACCUCUGUAUUUAGCAGAUGAGACAUAGUCCAGCUGUGCCCCCUGUGGCUGCCCUGCCGGGCAGCUACCCCAGCUCUGGCCCUGAGCUGGGUCUGGACUGCUCGGGGGUUGGGGGAGGCAGUUUCCAAGGGCAGGGCUGGAGGCAGCAGCUUCUGAAAUCUUACAGCCCUUUCAGGCGCUGACCCUGCUCAGGCAAGGGAAGGCUGAACUGCCGUCCUAUUAAUACCUCCUUGGGGAUGCUGACCCACCUUUCCUCUGCACUGUGCUGCCUGCUGGGGUGGGGUAGGUGUGGGUGGGCUGGCACAUGCUGCUCCCCUGCCCCUUUGGUACUGCAGGGGUGCGGGUACCUCUGCUCCAGCCCUGCACGACUGCUCUCUAUCAGCCACGAAACUGGCAGCCAGGUGGGGGUCAUGCCGGUUUUGCAGCUGGGAGAAAACUCCUGCUUUUCUGAGCCCUAUUUGCUUGUUAACUGCAUGGGGAGCCACUUUCUUAAUCUUUUGCAGGGGAACCUGCUGGCAGCUUCCUUCCUUUCUGUCCCGUCCCCCCCCCCCCUCCUCACCCCACCAGUAGUAAGCAAGUCACAGCCUCUUAUCUGCCUCCCUCAGUGUCCGGUUUGGAGAGGAUCCCCCCCUUCCCCACUCCCCGCCUGCUUUCUGGUGCCCAAGCUACAGUGUCAUGUCCUAAAAAUCAGAAUAACUGGGACUGGUGGACACCCCCUUCACCAUGCCCCCCCCACGCCUUCCUGCACUUCCCUCCUGGUGCAGCCCUGCUCCCUUUUGGGGGUUGUGCCGAGUGUACUGGGAGGAGCGAGUGCAUCUGCAAUCACCUUACAGAGCUCUCACCAGCCCCCCCCCACCCCUCAGUGCAGCUGCCCAGCCGUGGGACCAGGUGGGCAAGGGAGGCAAGUGGUUUCUUAGAAGGAAAGUAUGUAGGGGAGAAGACGAUCUUUCAAAUACUAUGAGGGAAAAAAAAAAAUAAGUGAGGCUGCCUGUUUGUCAAACUCAAGCAAAAUGAGCUUCUUUUAGCCCACAGUGAGCACCAGCCCCACCCCUCCCCGCCCAGAUAACGAGCUGUGUGAUAUCUUUUGUACAAAUAAUUACAAGGCUGCAAACAGUAAAUAAAGAAUGAAAUAAUUGAAGUGCAAUGAGCUCCUAGAUGAAGGUGGGAGCACUCCACUUAAGUCCCAGCCUGACCCAGCCUUGGUUCCUCACACUGGGCCAGGCACCCCACUCUGGUGAGAGAGAUGCCAAUGUCUGUUACUGAUUUAGCCCUUCUGGAGUUGAUGGUGAAAGGCUGAGCUCACAGCUGCUCCCUUUCACCUCUACCCACCCACUGUAAUGUGUGAAACUUUGAAGAAAUUUAAUUACAUUUGCUCAGCAUACUUGAAAUUGGCCCUCCUGGAGCCCAGACAAUACAGAACCAUGAGCCUCACCUCCUGAGGACCCCAGCAAACCUGCCAGAGCCCCUGUGCACAAAGGGCUUCUGCCAGGAGAGCAAGUGAUAACCCUGUGUCUGGGGGCAGUGGGGGAAGAUGGUGCCUCAUCCCAGAAAAUAGUGUCUUUUCCCCAAGCAGUGCCCAGAGCAGGCCAGCCCACUUUUCUGCUUUCUUACUAUUAUUUGUUUGAAUAAUAGUUCAAUAGUUCUUUGUCAGAAGAGGUAUCCCAUGGACGUACAUUUUUUUGCACCUGUUGGGAAAACAAACAAACAACAAAGUCUGAUGUUCUGCCUCUACCUUGAAUGUAAUCCUGAAUCUUUCUGCUGUAACCACUACUUGUUUGUAAUGUGUAUUUGACUAGCACGCACUCUCCCUUCCACUAUGCAGCAAACAGCAAGGGGUGAUCAGCACCAUCGGCGAUGGAUGGUGUUGGGGCAUCGGAUCCAGAGCGAGUAUUCAACUGGAAAAGGAUAAAAGUGACAAGUAAACAGGGGAGAGAAUGGAUCUUUAAAUUGAAUUAUUUUUUCAGUUACAAAUAUUUGAAAAAAAAUUAAAAAAAAUAAAUCCAUUUUAUUAAAAAAAAUCCAAACAGC